GCCUUCUCCUGUCUUUCCACAUCAGUAGUUCUCCCACACAGCUGCAGCAGAACCCCAGAAGCAAGUUCUUCUCUUAUUAUGCUGAUCCAGACUGAAGCUUUUAGAAUCAGAGCCGCUCCUCCAGCCAGAAAAACCUUCGUUAAAGUCCCUCCACCAUGGACGGAUGCAACAACAUCUCAGUGUUGUCUUACAGAACGUCCAGGCCUGUGGGGAAGGUGAGGCGGCGGGUUCAGGACCUUCGGAUCCCCUCGUCCUCUUAUUAUUGUGCCCAUACGGCCAGCGGAACCAAGCCGGACCUGAGCCACAACGAGAGCGCUCGGUUAGCGGCCGACUGUCUGCUCUCCCAGGGCCUGGACGGAUACCGUCAGGUGCUGCAGGCGGAUGGGGAGGUGGACUUCCUGUCAGAGCUGGAGAAGCUUUACAUCCUACAAAACGGGAGAGAUGCAAACACAGGUGAAAUAGAUAACAUAGACAAGGAGUUUGUCAACCUAUUUGCCCAUUGUGAGUCCCAAACGAGCAGCGACUCCACAGUGGAUUGUUUGGACCAGAAGAUCGAUAAAGCCCUGGAUCCCAGCCCUGAGGUGUUUCUCCAGUCUGACAGGACAGCAGCUGCCAUGAAAGAUCUGGUCAGACAGUUCCUCAGAAAGGCUAAACUGGCCCUGGCUAUAGUCAUGGAUGCCUUCAGUGACCCGGAGCUGCUGUGUGAUCUUCUCGAGGCGAGCAGGAAGAGAAACGUGUCUGUCCACCUCCUGCUGGACCACCUUAACAUGGAGGGGUUUGCCAGCAUGUGGCAGGAACUCAAACUCAUCAGCAGAAACUUCCCGGUGUCGGUGCGAAGCGUCCCAGGUCAGACCUACAGCGCAAAGACGGGCAGGAAGCUGACGGGUCAGAUAGCGGAGAGUUUUAUCAUCGCUGACUGGAAAGAAGUGCUGACUGGUACAUACAGUUUCACAUGGCUGUCCAGUAUGGUCCAUCAGAGUCUUCUGGUUCUCAUUAAAGGCGCCUCGGUCUCACAUUUCCAUCAGGAGUUCCUCAGACUUCACUCCAGCUCCCAGCCGGUCCCUGGCUUUGUCACGUUCAUCUCUCUGCCACAGUGUCUUUGCCUUUACGCCCAAUCUCAUGAGCAUCCAGACAGCUGUAACUGGAAAUCCCACAAGACUGUGACAGCAGCAUGUUCACAUGGAGAGAUUAGUCUACAGCCUCCUCAAAGCGAUAAUCAGUCCAGAGAGAAACUACCUCCUCAUCUGCCUCUGAAACCUUCGUUUCAAACAGCAGCAGAGAGUGGAACAGGAGCCAAGGUCGAGCUGCAGAAUCAGAACCAGAUUCACGGUCACCCACAUCUUCCCGAUCAGACCUUCUCAGAUGUUCAGCUUCACAGCACCACCGCGAAGAGGAACGGCGAGGUCCAAGAGCUGCGCAAUCUGAACGAUCUGUCCCUAACCCACGGGCGGCAAAAUGUUCCCUGUCAGUCAGGCGUACAGAAGCAGAACAGCCUCGCUCUCCCAGAUGGGAGCAGUGAAAGAGUUUUCUCUCCGCAAAGAAACAGAAACACGUCGGCAGGUUUCAUCCAAACACAAAGAGACCAACUGGAUUCCUCACGAAUCGCUCACGCAAAGGUGGAACUUCAGUGUGAUCAACCUCAACUCCUCUCACCUCCGUCAUCACAGAAAACACGACCAAACCUCAGCCAUCGGGUCUCUUUCAGGAGCCCCAGGGAGUACAUGCCCAGUCUCCAACCCAACGCCUUCAGAGGAACCAGCAAUCAGGAAGGGCUCAUGGAAAGGCAUCACGGUCAUCUGAACUCAUCCUCUCACACAGUGACCUCCUGCUUUAGACCAGCACCGGCAGGAACAGGAACAGGAACAGGAACCGCUCUCGGUCCUCAGCAGCAGACGGAGUCCAAGAGGUUCCUGUCAGGCGUACGAGCCACGACGCAACUGCACCCCGUCAGACUGCACCGGAGCCCACAGAAGGCAGCGGGACCCGGAGCGCUGGCUCGCUACAACUCCUUCAGCGGUGCACACGACAUGGGGCAGGCAGGCUGGAGAACCCUGCAGAUCAGCAGCAGCAGCAGCACAUCGCUGCGAAGGAGCCUGAGCCUGAUGGAGAGAAGCCCAGCAGGAUACAGAGGAGCAGGACUUCACCCUGUAUGAAUGCAUCCACAGUUUUAAUGAAAAGCCCAUGGAGCAACAAAGCUCCACUGGAAUGAGAGAUUCAGUCAGAGAACAAGAAGCGGACCAAAAACAAAGCAAUGCGGAAAUCUGAAAUCAAAGAGAAAUUGAACGUAAUUUUCAAAAUGCAAUAAAAAAAACAUAAGGGGAAAAAAGGAAAAUGCUGCAUUUCUUCUUUGCCCCUUUACUUUGAUACCACUAGACGAAAUCUAUUGCAACCAAUGGUCUUUGGACGUCACAUGACGCAUAGCGUUAGUUUUCCACCUCGUUAUUCUUCAUUCUCAUGGUGAAACAUGGUAGUGGUAGAAUCAUGCUUUCUGUGACAACAACAAGGAAGCUGGUUAGAGUUGAUGGGAAGAUUAUUUUUAGACAGAACAAUCGGCAAAAAAGAAAAAAAUAUUCAUCUCCAGACAUUCAAUGUGCUGAUUGAAGGGAAGCAAUAUAAAUGUCUGCCAGACUAAACAGAUUUUUAAUUUGGGAAAAAAAAAUCAUUAUUUAGGUUCCACUCCAUUUCACUUUGUGUCCGACUGUCACAUGAAAUCCUAAACAGAAUAAGCUUACGGCAAGAGAAACUGGGAAAACUUCACUGGAAAUGAAUCGAUUUGCAAAGCACCGCUUUUCUGGUUCAGCGAUCGUCUUUGAAAAUUGACAGAUUAUCCGAUCCCGUCUUUGAGAAGUGCCUUAACACGACACUGUGUCCGUUCCAGUGACUCUGAUUGGCCUUUCUGGUCUGUUAUAAACAUGAUUUGGUUUUCCUACUGCCUACUAAAAACAUUCUGCUGUGUCGAGUUUUCCCCUUAAAUAUUGAAUAACCUGCCAGGCUGGAGUUUCUCAUCUCGUUUAGUGUUUGUGAGGACAAACUUGAUUAAAUCCAAUCCAGUUCAGUUUAAUUACAAAUGUCAUCUGAAGGCACCUCACAGAGAAAUGUCAAAGUUUGUCAAAAACAUCCGACAUCUGAAUCCCGUUUUGUUUUUUUUUACCAUUUUUGGUGACAUUUUCUAUAAGCAUACAGAACUUGAAUGUAGUAUUUAAGACAAAAUAUGUUGUAGAAAAGAAAAACAUGUAUUAAUUUAUAGAACAUAUAACAGUUUUGAAGAAAAGAAGAAAUAAAAAGACACAGAUAAUAAAAUAUAAACAAAACUGUUUACACAGAGCACAAUAUGUUGUA